AUGAGUUUCAAGGCAAAAAGCCUCAGCUAUGAGCAGAACGAACCAGCCUUCCUGCGUCGCAUGCGCGGCGAGGUUGCGGGCAUAGAUCCGCACCGCCAUGAGCGUCAAAUAGCGCGGCCACAACGCUUGAAGAACGGUGACGAUGAAGACGAUGGACCGACCAUUGUUGAUGAAAGCAAUGAUAUGCUUUCGAAGGCGGAGUACGAGGCGCUGGUGGGCGGAAAGGUAGACGGAGAGGAUGAGGAGGGUGCUAAGCCAGGUGAGGGUAUAAAUCCCGCCGGCUUGGAAGACGAGGAACGUGAAAGGGAGACGAGGACUGAGGAAACGGGGACGACGCUCAAGAAGCAGCAGAUCGCGGAGGUCGGCAAAAACCAGAAGAAGAGGAAAGUGGGCAAGGUUGUUGGUGAGACUGAAGGAGAGGAAGAGGACCAGCAGCAGAAGAAACCGGAAGCGAAGAAGGUCAAGAAGAAAGUGAAGGCUGUUAAGCUGUCUUUCGGUGACGAUUGA